AUGCUACUAAGUAGAGAGUAUUUAAUAAGUUCAAUUAGAACAAUACAGCCUACUUACGAUUCACUGAGCUGCGUUAUUGAAUAUAUCCUUUUGUUCAUCAACAGUUUAGACUGCAUCACUGACAUCAUUAUAAAAGAAGCUAAAAACAGCAAUGCCUGCACAAACUUAUUUAUACUGUACCUGCUGAAUGAGCUGCUUGUGAAGCUCAAUGCAACAGAAGAGUCGCGAAAAGCGCAUGCAAGCAACAUAAAGACAGUAAAGAAUACGCUGAAGGAAAUACUAAAGAUAGGACAGAAGAAGAUUGACAUUAUAAAGGCGAACAGCACGGAGGCACUAAAAAACACUGCAGUGACGCUCAGCAAGAAAUUCAAGGAGAUUGAAGAGCUGAUUCAUUCAAAACAAGAAAGCACAAAAGCAGGAAAAGUAGAGUCAAAGGAGAAGAAGAAAAGAGAGACGACAAAAACAGCAGAGAAGGUAGAGGAGAAGAAGGAAGAGAUCGAUGAAACAUACUUGGAUAUAGAAUAUCUGGAAAGUUUAUGCAGAAAGAAAGAUGUUAAGGGUGUGAUAAAAUACAUUAAAGAGUUGAAGAAAACCAUGUAA